UAUAGAUGGGUUUCAUUUCAUUAGUUCUACGUGGUUUUCAUUUUAUUUUGCAACAUAAAUUAUAUAUGAACAGGAAAAAAUAUCGUUCAAAACAAAGUGUUUUAGAUUGAGAUGUUAAACCGUCUCUACGUUAGAAAUACCCAAAAGGGCGGGGACAAUUCCAAAAAUGACGAUUGAACAUUAUCAAUAAUGGCAAAGAUAAUGUUUUGGAUAAACUGUGCGUGAUCGCUUAUCAGCGUCGAUACAGUACCGGAGAUACUCACCCGUAUUUGCCGUCCGCCUCACAAUACCAAAAUGGCCGAGCUCCAAAGGUACACGCGGGCUGAGGUAGCAACCAAGACUGGCAAGAACGGCGCUCCCAUCUGGAUUAUAUAUAAGGACUCCGUUUAUGAUUGUACCAAAUAUGUUGAUGAGCAUCCAGCUGGUCCAGACAUCUUGCUAGAUGAAGGCGGCAAGGAUGUCAGCAAAACCUUCGAGGAGGCUGGCCACACUGCAGACGCGUACACCAUCCUCGCCAAAUACAAGAUUGGAGAGUUGGUGGAAGAAGAGAAACAUUACGACGCCAACGGGAAGAAAAAGAAACGGGUGGUGGCUGCACAACCAGAGGGUGAAAGUAGAGGCUGUCUUAGCAGAGUUACUUGUGGGUUGCUAGGCUAAAAAUCAUUUUUUAUAAACUCAUUUUAAAAAUGUGUGGACACGAAUGAAAAAAAAAACACACACAUUAGACUAGGAAAUCGAAAUAUGCUACACUUUUUGUACAUUUACAUUUUU